GUGCUGAGCAGGAACGCGUGAGCGAGUCCGCGGUUUCCCUGGCAGCAGGGACGGAAUUACGGUGAGCGCAGAACGGAAGUUGAGGCGGUUGCUGGUUUUUCACGACCAGCAGAAAACGGAAUCUGGGGCAAGCGAUCACUUUGACGAAACAGAACAGUAUCGAUACAACAUUUUAAGAAAGUAAAGGGUUUGCCUGUCGUUUAUCCGCCCGCUACCUCCCCCUUUCCCUCCCUUAUGGCUUCUAACUCCAAUAUAGAUAUAGAGGACGCGACCCAGCAUCUUCGGGACAUCUUGAAGCUGGCCCGACCCGGGAUUAGCGAUACCUCUUCGACUGAGAACCCAAAGAGGUCUUUCAACGGGGAGCUCAAUGGCCUGUUUGGCGCUGACUUCGUAGCCGCGGGUGACCGAGCUACCCUGGGCGAGCCCACUGCGCACAACCCGGAGAGCAUGAGCUCGCACGAGAGACAGACCAUCUGCCUCUCAGGAGAUGACAGUUCAACCUGUAUUGUCAUUUCAUCUGGGGAUGUGGAGGUCGUGGCAAGCCAUGACUCCAGCAUCAACAGCAAAGCCAGGGGCAGCAACAAGGUCAAAAUCCAGCCUAUUGCAAAGUAUGACUGGGAACACAAGUACUAUUAUGGCAACCUGAUAGCGGUGUCCAACAGUUUCCUUGCCUAUGCCAUUAGAGGUGCAAACAAUUACCCCAUGAUCCGAGUGCUGUCGCUGAGCACGGCCGAGCGCACGCUUCUCAAAGGAUUCACGGGGGCUGUCACAGACCUGGCCUUUGCUCACCUCAACUCCACCCAGCUCGCCUGCGUGGACGAAGCUGGCAACCUGUUUGUGUGGCAGCUGACCAGCCAGGAUGGGAAAAUACAGGAUGAGAUAAUUGUCCACAUAACGAGGCCCGAAGGCACUCCCUUAAACACCAACAGGAGGAUCAUUUGGUGCCCUUUCAUCCCAGAGGAGAAUGAUGACAAUGCAGAGGAUGGCUGUCAGACACUGGCCUUGCUCCAUGAGGACCGGGCAGAAGUGUGGGAUUUGGAGAUCCUCCGAACGAGCAACACCACCUGGCCAGUGGAAGUGACUGAUCUGAAGGAUGGCUUUAUCACUGUUAAAGGACAUACAGAGCGCAUCAGCGAAGGCGCCUUGUCCCCUGAUGGCACAGUCCUUGCCACUGCCAGUCACGAUGGGUACAUCAAAUUCUGGCAGAUCUACAUCGAAGGGCAGGGUCAGCCAAGAUGUCUUCAUGAAUGGAAGCCCCACAAUGGGAAGCCUUUAUCCUGCUUGCUGUUUUGUGACAAUCACAAGAAACAAGACCCAGAUGUUCCAUUCUGGAGGUUCCUCGUCACUGGAGCAGAACAGAAUCGAGAGCUGAAGAUGUGGUGUACUGUGUCCUGGACCUGUUUGCAGACCGUCAGAUUUUCUCCAGAUCCUUUUAACUCCAGCGUUCUUCCGAGUCUGAAAGCAAGUUUGGAUCUCUCUGCUGAGUACUUGAUACUCAGUGAUGUUCAAAGAAAAGUGCUGUAUGUGAUGGAGCUACUGCAGGAUCAGGAGAAGGGCAGAGCCAGCUUCACUGCCAUCUCGGAGUUCUUGCUUACCAACCCAGUGCUCAGCUUUGGCAUUCAGGAUGUGAGCCGCAGCCGCCUGCGUCACACUGAAGUCCUUCCCCCCGAGGAAGAGAGCGAGAGCAUGACCUCAGAAGGAAGCCAAGGACCUGUUGAAUCCAAAGCAGGAGUCCAGAUCAAACUGUACUGUGUCCACACAAAGUCCCUGCAGGAUGUGCAGAUUUGGUUUCAGCCUCAUCAUCAGCAGAGUCCUGGCAGUUCCUUGUUUCUUCCUCGUGCUGGUUCGUGUGAGGACUUCGGUUUUACAGAUCACCUGCGGGAUGUGAGCGGGGAAGGCCUGGGAUCAGACAAAGAGUCGGGCCGGGGGUCACAGCACGACCUGCGCAGGAUCUCCAACCUGCCUGCCCCAGCUGACUUCCUGUCCCCGUCCAAUGAUGUCAAGCCCAAACUCAUGACGCCUGAUGCCUUUAUGACUCCCAGUGCUUCAGCGCAGCAGCAAAUUGCCACGUCUCCUGGCAGCAGUGGCACAACCCUCACCACCGUGACAGCCAUGAGCAGCACCUCCAUCAGUGAGAGUGUCAUGUCCAGAUCGGGAGAGGAGCUGACUCAGAGCCCUAUGAUCUCCCUGGAGGGCAGUAUUACCCCGAGUGGCAGCAGCGCCAUCUCUGGUCUUCCACCCAGCCCACGGAGCAACUCCAUCCUCAUUCCCGGGCUCACAGACCAGCUGCCAACCAAGACUAUCCAGGUUAGCCCUGCAGCCAAUCCGCCGCUCUCCCUGGACCUCCAGACGAUCGAGCCUCUCUUGGUGCCUCAGGCGUCUCCGACCCGAGAGCGCUCUCCCGACGUGAUUUCCUCAGCGUCCACGGCCAUGUCCCAGGACAUCCCGGAGAUUGCCUCGGAGACGCUGCCGCGGGGCCUGGGCUCGGCGGGCGGCCUGGCCGGGGAGCCCCGGGACCCCAGCCUGCACGACGACAGCAUGGCCUCCGCCGCCUCCGCGCUGCACCUGCUGUCCCCCCGCAACCGCCACAACUCGGAGCACAGCGCCCGCUCCCUGGAGCUGGGCCCCGGCCCGGGCGAGCUGCUCGGCUGCACGCCGUCGCUGCUGGAGACCGCCCUGUCCCAGGAGAGCGCCGCGGCCUCGGCGGCCGACAGCGGCGCGAGCCAGCCCUGGCCGGCGGCCCCCGACAUUACCCGGGAAACCAGGAUCAGCCUCGCGGACUGCUCUCGUGAAGACAUGAAGGAGAAGCACAAGACCUCUCCAUUCCAUAGACACACCUAUCACCUCCCCCAGCACGACAGCCAGGAUGCAAGUGCAGAGCAAAGUGAUCACGAUGAGGAAGUUGCUAGCCUUGCGUCUUCCACAGGAAACUAUGGUCCCAAACCCUCCCACAGGUUACCUGUAAAAGAAUGGAAAGUCUCCCCAAGGAGUUCUCCAAAAUUAAAGAGAAAGAGCAAAAAAGAUGAUGGCGAUGCUGCACAGUCCAGGCAAGCAGAUCAUCAGAUGAAUCCAGAGAUGCAGGAGGAGCUGCUGUCCCUGGUGCGCAGCCAGCAGAGGGAGAUCUCGGAGUUAAGGCAGAGCCAGAUGGAGCUGAUGCAGAGGCUCACCAACCACAUGGAUGCCGUUCAGAGUUCUAUCAUGGGCCAUGUGGAGAGAGUCAUGGUCUCCCAGCAGGAGCAGGAGCAAAGAAGAAUGGAGCGAAUGGUGGCAGAAGAGCACGACCGCAGCCGGCAGCUGCAGGAGCACCUGGCCCAGCAGCUCUCCCAGGCUCUCGGCAACACGUUGUCCAACCGGCUGGACAAGAUCGUCCGAGACGAGAUGAAGAAGACCGUCCCGCAGACUGUAUCAAAGAGCCUGGAGCCAGUCACAGGGCAGCUGAGCAACACAAUCGCAGCCAAGCUGACUGCAGUGGAGGGAAUUCUGAAGGAGAGUGUCACGAAAAUGGUGAAGUCAAAGAACACUACAGAUGCCAUUGGGAAAGCAGCGGCUGAGGCUUUGCAGGGUCCUAUACAGGCUGCAUACAGAGAGGCUUUCCAGAGCAUCGUGCUGCCAGUGUUUGAGAAGGGCUGCCAGUCCAUGUUCCAGCAGAUCAACGACAGCUUCAAGCAGGGGACACACGAAUAUAUUCAGCAGCUUGAAAGCCACCUGAAGAAUAAAAAACUGCGGGACCACGAGGCCCGGGACCCGCUGGUGGGCCAGCUGCAGCAGACGCUCGACGCAUUCCAGAACUCCACCGACCAGCUGACCUCCAACGUCACGGCCAGCGUGCGCUCCGAGGUCCAACACCAGCUCCACGUCAUUGUGGGAAACCUGCAGGACUCGAUCCUCACUCAGGUGCAGCGCAUUGUGAAAGGAGAGGUGGGCAUGGCCAUGAAGGAACAACAGGCAGUGGUGACCUCUAGCAUAAUGCAGGCCAUGCGCUCUGCUGCUGGCACACCCAUCCCCACCUCACACCUGGACUAUCAGAGUCAGCAGGCCAACAUCCUGCAGAUGCUGCAGCAGGGGCAGCUUAACCAGGCCUUUCAGCAGGCUCUGUCUGCCGCUGAUCUGAACCUGGUCCUGUAUGUGUGCGAGACAGUUGACUCACAGCAGGUGUUUGGACAGCACCCCUGUCCUCUCAUCCAGCCUGUGCUCCUCUCACUCAUCCAGCAGCUCUCCACCAACCUGGCCACCAGGACAGAGCUCAAGAUCAGCUACUUGGAGGACGCGGUGAUGAACCUGGAUCACAGUGACCCCGUGACCCGAGACCACAUGAGCUCCGUGCUGGCGCAGGUCCGACAGAAGCUCUACCAGUACCUGCAGCUGGAGCCCCACAGCCCUCUCAGCAAGAGAGCCCGCCGCCUGAUGAUGAUGCUGCAGGGCCUGGUCAACCACGGCAUGAGCUAAGCGGCCGCGCUCCCGUGCCCAGUGCCUGCCCAGUGCCCGCCCCGCGCCCGCCCGCUCCUCCUCCCUGCCCGCCCCAGAAUGGAGACUUCUCGUGAGGAUGAAUGAACGAAAGGCCUUUCUCCAGCGGUGCAUAGUGCCCCAUUAAUAUCCUUUCACUGGGAGCCAGAAGGUCACAAAGUCCACAGGAAGAAUACAGAAAACAGUUUUGUUACUAAUAUCCUCUCUUCGUCAUUUUGAACAGAGACUGUCAUACCUUCAGUUCCGCGUGUUUUUUUCCCUCUUUCGAAAAAGACAUUAAAAAGAAAAAAAUAAGCAAAGAACCAAAACAGUAGGAGGAUCGUUGAUUUUGAACGUUUUAUACCUUUCGGACUGACGGUGCCUGUUGGGUUUUCAGCCAGUGCAAGGCGGGAGGGUCCUUCUGCUUCCAUCGCCGACUGAAGAAGUUCCAAAAAAGACACUGAGCGUUUUUUUCUGUUCCUUUUUUGUAGUUUGUUUUUCGGGUAACUCUGUUUUUUUUUUUAAAAUAUUUUGUCAGUCUGACUUGUCAAGAAGGAGCCGCUGUUUAAAAAGUAGUUCACGCAUUGGAAAAGCUGCGGCCUGUGAUUUUCUUUCAGGUUGAGGUUGUAGUUUCCGGUAAUUUGCCCCCACCCCCCACCCUUGCACCUCUGAUAUCUUUAAUUCCAAAAUAAUUUCUGUCAUGUGGAAGCUCUGCUGUGUCACACAGUGCUCGUCAGCUCUUCUGCUCUUUGUUUUUGCUUGCCCUUUGUCUGUCAAAAUCUUUACAUUUUUGGUGCCAUGCAUAGGGUUAUUAUAGUACACUUUGAGUCAAGGUGAACAAUGCAAGUUUAUUGUGCUUAAACGGGCAUGUUUUAGUGUGAUCUUUAUUCAGUAAAUGAAUGCUUCAAACUUUUUGGGGGGUGGAAUUGGGGUUUAUUCAUCUCUUAUUUUUCUCCAAGUUUUGUUUACAUCUUCUUGGAUGUUCCCUUACCUACAGCAGUGAUGUCCAUAUUUUAUUUACAAAACGUGAAAGGAUAUAAUCAAAGCUAAACUGUUCUUUAGUGGCUAUUUCCUUUUAAUUUGCUAUUACACUGGAAUUUCUUAAGUGUGCUGUAUUCACUUUCACACAUGCAGUAUGAUCAUUUGAAACCUGAAAAGGUGGUCUUUUCAUUUAUCUGCACUGUGCUCCUUGAUGUCUAGAGGGCAGCACAUACCAUCUCAUUUUUGGGAUCGAUUUAUGCUGAAAUAUAUUAACCCCUCCCAAAAAAACAUUUUCAAGUGUUUUCAGGCCUAGAUUGUAUUGAUAGCCUGCUACAUCAGUCUGGGUGUUACAGGAAAAAAGUUCACAUUGAAUCACACUUUGGUGUUUUGGGGCUUGUGUUACUAUGGUACAGAGAUCUAAUAAUUCUGUGUAAUUUGCUCUUCUUCUGCUUUCUUCUGAAAUUUGAGAUUUUGAAAAUUAAAAAGCUGUGCUAAAGAGCAUUAGUUGUGGGUUCUCAGGUCUGCGUUUUAAAGUUUUGUUUUCUGAUAAUUAAUCAUGUACCUAAGAAGCUCAAAUUAGGCUACGCUUUCCAGGCAAACUACCAAAAUCUAAUUUCUGUACUUUCAAUGUGAACUUUUUAAUGGAAAUUAACUAUAGUCCAUUGUUUGCUAACCACAAUGAAGUGUUUACUCAUAAGCCUGCCUGGAGUGAAGCCAGUUCACCGAUUGUACAUUUUAUGUAAAAAAUGUUUUUCAUUGAAUAUACUUCGAUAGAGUAUCUCUGUGUCCUAGAUAUGAUGGUAUAAUAUAGGCUUUUUUUCCAAGCCCAAAGAAAGUGGGGAAAAAUCCUUUCCUAUUUGUAAGUGCCUUAAGAGAUGUAUUUAUCAGUUCCUUUGACUCUGAUUCAUAUAUCUAAAUCCCGCCAAGUUUAAAUUUUGGAAAGAAAUGAGACAUUGGCUCACUCCGCACAAGUCAAAUUAGGAUCAUAUGUGUCCGUUUCACAGCUUAUCCAUCUCAUCUCCAACCUGCUCAGUGUAGGAUUCCUCUCAGCCCAGGGUGCACGUGCACUGGGCCUUGGCUGUGUGCUGACUGUCCGAGACUCCGCUGCUGUGGUGGAGUCUUUGGUGGGCUGGGAUAGAGAUGACUGGAGCGUCAGUGGCUUACCUGCACCUCACGGCGUGGGUUUACGUGGCUGUGAGAGUGGGUGACGGGGGUUGCGAGCAGCUGAAAUCGUUUCCCACCAGUGACUGCUAAGUUUAAUGGAAUAAGAGAGUGAUGCAAAAAUAUAUAUUUUAUCUUGAAUUUCAGAGGCCUUCCUAUCUGUGCAUUGCAGGGAGGUGGGGUUAGUGAGGGUGGAGUUAAGCUUUCAAACACAGAAGGAAGUAGGGGCGCAAAAAUAAUCACUGGGGAGAUGAACAGAAAUUUUUUAACUUUUAUUUUGUACUAUUCCUUUGAAAUUAGUUUUUUAUUCCCUAUAAUGUUUUUUUUUUACCUUAUCCAUGAUGUCUGUUAGCUCUGCAGACGCACUUGUUAAUGACGUACCAAGCCAUGUUAUUGUCCAGGAAAACAGGCCAUGUGUUUGUCAGUUUGGUCCGAGGUCAGUGAAAUACAGGGCUUGGACACCAACAGCUGACAUUUGUCCUGUUGGAUUUAUUCUUCCCUGUACCGAAGCAAAUCUGUUUUAAGAGGUUCACAAACAUGAUCCGUAAGUGUAAUCCUGUGCCAUAAAUAUAACAAUUGCACAUCACAAACCGGUGUGAUCCAUUGAACAUUUUUUUUUUAAAGUCUCCAACCUGGCCCGAUGACAAGAUGAGAACCUGAGAAAGAUGAACAGCUCGGGAAGUGUGUAUUUUGUGGUUGAGCAUCCCAUGGGUGGUCAAGAUGCCUCCCAGACACUGUUCACGUUUGCUAAAAGCUUCAGAAAAGCACUUCUGUUAAAAGAACCGGGCUUUCCCGAGCCUAGACUUUCAGAAGCUUACAUGGGGUUUGUGAGGUGACAUGCCUUUGACACGCGGCCGUAUCCAUUGCUACUGUUGAAACAUGGAGGAACUGAGCAGCUGGUUCCUGUUGGUUUACCGCUGCUGUAAAAUCUUUCAGAAGGGCGCCUACCCGUUUUUAGACGUUUGCUGUCUUGGUUAACAGCUGAUGUUAAAUCUUAGCAUGAUUUUUGCAUGCUGUUUAGUCUUGCGUAUUCAAAACUCAGUGGAUGAGAUUCUCCAGCUCACAGCUGUCUCUUAUCAUUUAAAGUAAACUGCAGGCCGUCUGAAACACAACAGGUAAUCUCUUGCCUUUGUAAUAUACCUAUUCAACACGUUUUCUGGCUAACCUUUGUUUUUUCUGUAUCUUAAACUAGAUUAAUUGCAUACUCGUUGGUAUUUUAUUUUACCACAUUCACUUAGUAUUCUGCCUGUGUAAAAAGCUAAUAGAAUAUUAAAGUUGGAGUGGUUGAUAAGCCUUUGCAAAAGCUGUCUUGGAGCAAACACAAAAAAUGAACAUAGCACAGAUUGGUAAAAUAGGUUAUAAUUGAAAAUCAGGAACAUAGGAUAGUUAAAAUAGUCUUUUGGUAUCUUAGGUUCAGAUCAGGGUUAAGCAAAAAAAAAAUAGGUUUGAAUGUUUGAAAGAAAAUUGCACAUUAAAUAUGGUAUAUAUAUAUUUUCCAAAUAUAAAUUCCAGUUAUAGACAUUGUUUUCUGUAAGACAAAAUUCGAUCAUUUGUAAUUUUCCAUUGUGUUCAGAAUAAGUUUGUGUUCAUUGUGCUUGAUCUUGGACUGUUUUGUUGUACAUUUUACACGUUUCUUUUACUGUAGGCUUAACAUUUUUGGAUACAAUUUGAAAAGUUCAAUAAAAAGUGCUGUUUUGAUGUUA